CGCUACGAUCAUGUUUCAGGUUUGGACGACUGGAUGGCACCACCCCAUAGCCAGACGAAACCUCGGCAUCAGACUGUUCAAUAAUGGCCCCAAUUACAAGAUCACCCUGAUCUCGACUGGCGCCGGAGGAUUGGGAAUCAACCUGGCACUGUGUUUGAUGUCAUAUUUGGUCCGCCUGAAGUGCGAGGGGCCCCCAGAGAAUUACUCCGAGGCAUGCUCCGAUGACGAGGACUCCGAGGAUGCCGCAGAGAAUACUCUGCGGCACACCGAUGACGAGGACUCCGAGGAGGCUUACUUCUACUGGAGCCAUAUUUCCGCUUCCUAUCCUCAUCUGGCGGUGCCUCCGUCAGCCACAGCGUCUGGACUUGCAAAUCAGCAACCGUAUCGUCGCACCCUCCCCAUUCGUGUCGCAGCGAUCGCUGCCAGAGCUACAGCCUCCACCACCGAGGCGACGGAUGUUAUCACGUACCAUACGGGAGUCGAAGAGGCGAAGGAGGAGUACGACUACCAUCCUAGGGGAUCCAGUGUCACCGAAGCAUUGAAUAACGACGAAUGGAAGGAAAAUAUUGACCUCGGUAUCGACGCCUACCGUGACGACAACGGUAAGCCGUGCGCUCGGCUUUCUGUUCGCGGCCCCGAGAAGCAGAUUCCGAAUAGCGCUCUGAAGACCAAUCUGUUUGCAAGUGCGAAUAAGGAUGUGUCCGAUGAGGAAGAGCUCAAGCUCAUCGACCCGCCGAACAACCGUCCCGACGGUUAGGCUAUUCAUUUAGGCGGAAUCUUUUCCGCCAGGAAAUUUUCAGUCCAUCACCGCUAUACGAUGAUGGACUAGUUUAAGAUCACUCACUCCUGGGAGGAGGAGUUUUCAAGAAGCUUGACGACUACAUCAAGAGCUUAGGAAUGGAUGCGGAACACAAGAACAAGGCGAAGGG